AUGGCCGAUGUGCUGCAGGGAACCAGGCAGCUAAAUGGCACCUGUGUCAGCUCAGUGGACAUGGAGCUCUUCCUCCAUUACUCCCUCAUCCCAUCACUUUUCAUCAUUUUGGUCUUGUCCUUUCUCCAAAGACGAGAGCACUGUAAGCAGAGAGAUGAUACUUCUCACCUCCUGGGGAACCGCUUUGGAAUCAUCAUACCUCUGGACUUUGUGGGCACCUUUAGUAACCGAUGGUCUUAUGGAAUCGCCUUUGGGGCCACAGCCAAUAAAGUCAUGUUCUUGUUCUCAGAAGGGUACCAGCCCUUACAUAUCCCUCAGUGGGCACAAGCCUUUGUGCUUCUGAUUGGAGGCACGGAAGUCGGCCUGUCUCACUUCCCCUUCUUUGCCUGCCUCUCGUCGGAGUUCCGGCUGGUCAGCUCCAUCCUUGGCUUCAGCUACUCUCUGAUCUGGUUUGCUGUCACCAUCCUUUACAUCAUACAGUGUCCCCAUGGGCAGCUCUUAGUAACUGUCAUCAUGAAGGCUGUCCACGGUCCAAGACGGAUGCUGGGGGAGACUAAAAAGUCCUGGUUCCAAACCAGGGUGUAUGAGUGGGACCCCUGCUUUCAGUUCCCAAGCAGAAUGAUUGGAACCACUGUGUUGGCUUUCAUAUGCCUGUACCUUUUCAUUGUCAUUGAGUUCUGCAUGUUCAUGUAUGUGAGAGACGAGCUGGAUGUGUUUGAAGGGGAGCUGGAGAACUACAUCGCCUCCAUGAACCAGACGGGGACCCUGACCCCUGUCAUCCUGCAGGUGAAAGAGCUGAUGAACGUCAGCAAAGGAGUCUGGCUGGUGACCAUCUUGCCCGCCUCCCUCACGUGUGUGAGCUAUCUGUUCCACAUACUGGCCUGUUACAGAAAGCACAUGAAGAGGCUGUGGGCAGGAAAUAAACACUUUCUCCCUUUGAAGUUCCAUCAUCCUUCCUCGUCGAAGAGUGUGGUGGCCAUUGCAAGGUACUCUGGCUGGCAAAUAGCCUAUAUUCUGUGGGGCUACCUCAUCAUCCACGUGGUACAGAGCCUGUGUGGCCUGAUGAUCAUGUACAGCCUGGUGUUGCCUGUCGUCCACAACCAGGGCCUGGAGAUGCUCCAAGGACUGGGCAUUGGGACCCUCACCAUAUCCAUCGUCCUGGGUCUCAUGAUCCUGCAGGUAUGGAUCGCCACCAGCUUCUUCCUGCAGCCAAAGAUGAGCAUGGCUGACAAGCAGAAGCCCUUGGCUCUCAACAACAGGAAAGCCUUCCACAACUUCAACUACUUUCUGUUCUUCUACAACGUGCUCCUGGGCCUGGGCGCCUGCCUCUCCAGGCUGCUCAUCAGCUGCAUCCUGGGCACGUGGCUGAUUGCCCGCAUCGACAGGACCAUCAUGCAGAAUGGCUAUGAGGGUGCAGACAUGGGGUUCAGCGCCUGGAUUGGCAUGCUCUAUGUGGAUCAUUAUCAUACCAACCCUGUGCUCGUCAGCUUUUGUAACAUCCUGAUCACAGGGCACAGGGAGCGGAGGCUGCAGCAGGCCAUCAAAUACUGGUGCCUAAAUCAGUCAGCAGGUCCCCGAGUCUCAGCCAGGUCCAGGACGCGGUGGCUUCUGCUGCAGACCCUGGUCAACAAUCCCAAACUAGUCAUGCUCAGAAAAUCAAGACCAGGUCAUAGCUCCCGGGAGUUUACCCAGAUUCUUUUGAUGGGCUCAGAGAGCUGA